CAGAAUACGCUAGUAGCUGUCUUCAUUUCCUUUAAUCAAAUACAAAACUUGUUCUUCGAAAUGUAUCUUCCUCGUAUGAGCCUUAUGCUAUUUCAUUUACUAGCUCUUGUGUUCUGCUAUCAGGCAUCCAGAUAUACUGAUGAGAUCGACAAACAAGCACUGCUCGAGUUUCAGUCUAACCUAUCAGAGAACAGCCGAGUUGUCCUGGCCUCAUGGAAUGACUCCUUGGCUGUCUGCAAGUGGACUGGGGUUGUGUGUGGUCACAAACACAAGAGAGUCACUGCUUCAGACCUCAGCGGGAUGAAACUAACCGGUGUUAUCUCGCCCAGUAUUGGUAAUCUCUCUUUCCUCAAAUCUCUUAGUCUCGCAGACAACUCUCUCCAUGGUAGUAUCCCUCUUGAGGUAGGGAAGCUGUUCAGUCUUCAACAUUUGAACCUGAGCAAAAACAUUCUUGGAGGUGUGAUUCCACUUGGAAUAUCCAAUUGUUCUGCCCUUUUGACCAAUGAUGUAUCCUAUAACAAUCUUGAACACGAGGUUCCUUCUGAGCAGGGUUCGCUUCCUCUGCUUGUCCUUCUAUCUCUCCAUGGAAACUACCUGCAUGGGAAGUUCCCUGCAUCGUUUGGGAACCUAACAUCACUCCAGAAGCUUGAUGUCGAGGGUAACUAUAUGACAGGAGAAAUCCCGGAUAGUAUGUCUAGACUGACGCAGAUGAAGUUUCUCCAGCUAGCGAGAAACAAAUUUUCGGGUUUCUUUCCUCAUGCUAUUUGCAACCUAUCCUCACUUCAGUUUUUAUCAAUCACCAGAAACUCCUUUUCCGGUAAACUUAGACUUGAUGUUGAUAAACUUUUCCCAAACAUUCAAGAAAUAUUCUUGUCUCUUAACGAUUUUGAAGGGGAAAUUCCAGUUACACUGGCCAAUAUUACCUCCCUUCGGCGCUUCGAGAUUGCGGAGAACCAGAUGACAGGAAGUAUCUCUUCAAGUUUUGGAAGGCUAAAGAAUAUGGAAGUACUAGUGCUUAGUCAUAAUUCCCUAGGAAGUUACUCCUCGAGAGAUCUUGGUUUUCUUAGCAGUUUAAGUAAUUGCACUCAACUGCAGUCUUUGAAUGUUGGCUACAACAGACUUGGAGGCGACUUACCUCUUUGCAUAGCCAAUCUCUCCAAUCAACUGACAUAUCUCUCCCUUGAAGGAAAUAGCAUAUCCGGUAGCAUUCCUCUUGACAUCGGAAACCUUGAAAUCCUCCGCGCAUUCAAUGUGGAACAGAACCUGUUGACAGGUGAACUUCCCUCCUCCCUUGGGAAGCUUUCUAGACUAGAAAGGCUCCACCUACAGUCGAAUAUGUUGGCAGGUAACAUACCAUCUUUCUUUGGAAACCUCACCAUGAUAGCGCAACUCUAUUUGUACGACAAUACUUUCAUGGGAAGCAUCCCUUCAAGCCUCAGAAAUUGCAGUAACCUUCUUUUCCUUGGGAUGGAUUUCAAUAUGCUCAGGGGCUCCAUACCUCGGGAGCUCAUGGAAGUUCGAUCUCUGGUUUAUUUAAAUAUUUCUUAUAAUAAUCUGACUGGACAGUUCCCAAGUGAAGUAGGAAAGUUGGUCAAUCUUGUUCAACUAGAUGUUUCACACAACCAAUUAUCAGGAAACAUACCGCAAACCUUGGGGAGCUGUCUCUGCAUGGAAGAGCUUGAAUUAAAUGGUAACUUAUUUGAAGGAACCAUCAUAGAUCCCAGCGGGUUGAGGAACCUCAGAUUCCUGGAUCUGUCCAACAACAAUCUCACUGGCCCUAUACCUGUAUAUGUGGUAAACUACUCCUCCAUUCAGUAUCUAAAUCUCUCUGUAAAUAAUCUUGAGGGGCCAGUGCCUGUUGAAGUAACAUAUCUAUACUUUACCCAAGUUUCAAUAUUUGGAAACCGAAAUCUCUGUGGGGGCAUUCCUGAACUACACCUAAAACCAUGCUCAGUGCAAAAGAAAGUCGUCAUUGGAAUCGGGGUAGGUGUGACUUUGGUCUUAGUUUCAAUAUUGGCUAUAAUCUUUUUAUGUUGGUUCAAGAAACGGAGCAAAAACAACAGGGCAAGCAACGGAGAAACCAUGGAUUUUUUGCCCUUAUAUGAAAGGGUACGGUACAAGGAGCUUCAUAAUGCAACUGGUGGGUUUUCUAUGGGAAAUAUAAUUGGGUCAGGGAACUUUGGUGUUGUGUAUAAAGCAUCCCUCGGCCUUGAGAAUAGAGCUGUUGCCAUCAAAGUGUUAAAUCUCAAGAAGCAUGGAGCUGCCAAGAGCUUUAUCGCAGAAUGUGAAGCCUUGAAGGGUUUAAGGCAUCGCAACCUUGUGAAGCUUGUAACAGCUUGUUCGAGCAUUGAUUACAAAGGAAAUGAAUUCAGAUCUCUGGUGUAUGAGUUCAUGCCAAAUGGAAGUUUGGAUAUGUGGCUUCACCAAGAAGGGACCAGCGAUACCUCGAGGCCUUUGACGCUUCUUGAAAGGUUUAACAUUGCGAUAGACUUGGCUUCUGUUUUGGACUAUCUUCAUGUUAAUUCUCAUGACCCUAUAGCUCAUUGCGAUAUUAAGCCAAGCAACGUCCUUCUAGACGAUGAUCUAACAGCCCAUGUUAGUGACUUUGGUCUAGCUCGGCUGCUCCAUAAUUUGGAUCAAGAGUCUUACCUCAACCAACUCAGCUCGGCCGGCGUUAGAGGAACCAUCGGCUAUGCUGCACCAGAAUAUGGAAUGGGAGGACAACCAUCAAUUUAUGGUGAUGUGUAUAGUUUUGGGGUUCUCCUUUUAGAAAUGUUCACUGGGAAACGACCAACGGAUGAGUUAUUUGGGGGAAAUGUAACUUUACAUAGCUACACCGAGUCAGCGUUUCCUGGGAGAGUAUUGGACAUAGCAGACAGAUUGCUUCUUCAUAGAGGUCUCAGAGUCGGUUUCCCUGCUGCAGAGUGCUUGACAAUGGUGUUGGAGGUGGGGCUUAGGUGUUGUGAAGAAUUUCCGACGAAUAGGUUGACAAUGAGUGAAGCAAUAAAGGAGUUAUUCUCAAUCAGAAGGAGGUUCUUUAAAGCCAGAAUAACAGCCAGAAGUUGAAGUGUUUAUGGUUUCCUCUACAGACUUUGUAACCUAAUUAUAUAGGCUUAUACUGAAGCCUAUGAAAUAUUUUCUAUCAUAAUCUAUGGUUUAUGUUCCUCUCUAUUACACAUAAUCAAGAAGGCUUGCA